AUGGGCAAGCAGGUCAAGCUCUUCACGCCCUGGAAGUUCGCUCAUUACGAUAUCGGGGAUGGCAUCAGCCGCGACGAUCUCGAGGCCUGCUCGACAUGUUCCAUAAACUUAGGUUCAUGGAAGCGUAUUGGCCAUGCCGAGGACAACCAAGACACCAUCGCGUGGGAGUCGGAGCUCAACAUCGGCGAGGCAUGCACCGAGUUUGCCUUUCGGUGGAUCGUACCGCUGUACUUCCGGGCUGACACGGCCAAGCAGUUUGCCGUCCAGCGUAGCUACGCCUACAGCGGCUGUGGUUUGUGGCACGUUAAGCAGAACAUCAGCGUCGUCACCGCCAUGGUUGACGCCACCACCAGGUCCGGCGAUGGUGGCACUGUCGAUAAAUACCAAAAUAAGACCUGCAGCUCCUGCGGCGCUGUUGGAGCCGAAGACCAAAGGCUGUCUACGUCCAGGGCAGUGAUGGGACCGGACCACAAUGCCAGCGACUGGGAGAGCAUGCGCGAGAUCCUUCAGGGCAAAGCGUACUACCACAUGGACAACGGGAGAACCUACUGGGAACCCGGCGAGAUGGCCCGGCAGAAGGCGUCUUACGAAGCGAACAAGGCAGCGCCGCAGGAGGAAGAGGAAAAUCAAAUCCGGCGCGUGUCUAAGAUCCUCUUGGCCUGCGAGGGGGUCGACUACGACACGCGUGAGUAUAAGAACGAGGAAACACCUGUGCCGUUCGGCAAGGCCAUUCUCUCUGGCGACAUCGACAAGGAUGAUUGGAAGAAGUUGGCCCAGUACGUAAAGGAUAAGCGAAACGACGAGUACUCGCUGUGGACGGACAUGCUCGAGGGGUUCGACGGCUUUGAGUCUGCCUGCAGUGUGUGGUCCGAGAAUCACGGCUGGGCUUGCUCGGCAGCCGGACUUCUUGGACUAGAUGACCCUAAUGAUGAACAUUUUGACACGAUAAAGAGCAUGCUCAAAAAUGCAGACUUGGAUCAGUGGAAGGGGGGGAAUAGGGAAAACCGGGGCCAUGACCAUGACUUGGUUGGUUUUGUUGCAAAGUUUGUUCGUCUGUCUGAAGUCGUGGGACUACUGCUGGAGUGA